GCACAUAAAUCAACAGCUUCUUUUUCUUGAAGACUUCUGUGCAGCUUUUAAAGUUUUAAUCACAAUGAAUUCGGGCUUAUGGAGUCAAGAAAAAGCAAGUUCAUCCUAUUGGGAAGAGCGGAUCUUUUACUUGCUUCUCCAAGAAUGCAGUGUCGUAGACAAGCAGACUCAAAAGCUCUUGAAAGUGCCCAAAGGUAGCAUUGGGCAGUUUUUUCAAGACCGUUCUUCUGUGGGACACUCCAGAAAUAUUCCUUGUAAAGGCAAGAAACUGCAGAUUGGAUUAAAGAUUCUGGAACAACCUCAUGCAAUCCUGUUUGUGGAUGAGAAGGAUGUUAUAGAAAUAAAUGAAAAACUAGCUGAGUUGCUUUUGGCCAUUACUAACUGUGAGGAAAGAUACAGUCUGUUUAAAAGUAAAAGCAGGUUAACUAAAGGCAUCCAAAUAGAUAUUGGCUCGCCUGUUAGAGUACAGCUGAGAUCAGGAGAUGAUAAAUUUCCUGGAGUUGUUCGCUUCAGAGGACCGUUACUACAAGAAAGGUCCCUAACAGGGAUAUACUUUGGAGUAGAGUUGCUGGAAGAAGGUCGCGGUCAGGGAUUUACUGAUGGACAGUACCAAGGCAAGCAGCUUUUCAGAUGUGAUGAGGAUUGUGGGGUUUUUGUUGCUUUGGACAAACUGGAGCUGGUGGAAGAUGAUGACAAUGAACUGGAAAGUGACUAUGCAGCUCCAGUUGAUGCAAUGCAGGUAGAACUUCCUCCUCUGGAGAUCAACUCCAGGGUUUCUCUGAAGAUAGGAGAGAGUAUAGAGUAUGGGACAGUUAUAUUCUGUGAUGUCUUACCAGGAAACGAAAGUUUAGGAUACGUUGUUGGAGUGGACAUGGAUAAUCCUAUUGGAAACUGGGAUGGAAGAUAUAACGGAAUACAGCUGUGCAGUUUUGCAAGUGUUGAAAGUACACUUCUUUUGCAUAUCAAUGAUGUUAUUCCAGAGACUGUGUCACAGGACAGGAGACCUCCCAAGCUUGCCUAUACCUCAAGAGGUGGUGGUGACAAAAGCUUGUUCAACCAUAGUAAGCCAAAGGCUACAGGAUCUACCUCUGAACCUGGAAAUAGAAACAGAUCUGAAGUCUUCUACACAUUAAAUGGCUCAUCAGUUGACUCUCAGCCUCAAACAAAAACAAAACCCCCAUGGUAUAUUGAUGAAGUUGCUGAAGACCCUGCAAAAUCACUUACUGAUUCAUCUCCUGGAUUUGGGCAUUCUUCACCACCACUGCAGCCACCUUUAACAAACUCUGUGUCUACAGAAAACAGAUUUCACUCCCUCCCUUUUAGCUUGACAAAAACGUCAAGUACUAAUGGUACUAUUGGACAUAGUCCUCUUUCUUUAUCUGUUCAGUCAGUCAUUGGUGAUGUAAAUACUACGGCUAACCAGGAGAGCCCAUCAACAGCAGGCCCAGUGGGGAACUCACAUGGUCUUGAAGCAGGUUCCUUGGCUGAAGUUAAAGAAAAUCCUCCUUUCUAUGGAGUAAUCCGGUGGAUUGGCCAGCCCCCUGGAGUAAAUGAAGUAUUAGCUGGACUGGAACUGGAAGAUGAAUGUGCAGGUUGUACGGACGGAACAUUUAAAGGAACUCGAUACUUCACUUGUGCUCCGAAGAAAGCUCUUUUUGUUAAACUCAAAAGCUGCAGGCCAGAUUCCAGGUUUGCCUCGCUCCAGCCUGUUUCCAACCAGAUUGAACGCUGCAAUUCUCUAGCCUUUGGAGGUUACUUAAGUGAAGUGGUAGAAGAAAACACUCCUCCAAAAAUGGAAAAAGAAGGUUUAGAGACAAUGAUUGGAAAGAAGAAAGGUAUCCAGGGUCAUUACAACUCCUGUUACUUAGACUCCACCUUAUUCUGCCUGUUUUCUUUUAGCUCUGUUUUGGACACUGUGUUACUCAGACCUAAAGAAAAGAAUGACGUAGAGUAUUAUAGUGAGACUCAAGAGCUGUUGCGGACAGAGAUUGUGAAUCCUCUGAGAAUAUAUGGAUAUGUAUGUGCUACAAAAAUAAUGAAACUGAGGAAAAUACUUGAAAAAGUUGAGGCUGCAUCAGGAUUCACUUCAGAGGAAAAAGAUCCAGAAGAAUUUUUGAAUAUUUUAUUUCACCAUAUCCUAAGAGUUGAGCCACUGUUGAAAAUAAGAUCAGCAGGUCAAAAAGUACAAGACUGUUACUUCUAUCAAAUUUUUAUGGACAAAAAUGAGAAAGUUGGAGUCCCAACCAUUCAGCAAUUAUUAGAGUGGUCAUUCAUCAACAGCAACUUGAAGUUUGCAGAGGCACCAUCGUGCCUGAUUAUCCAGAUGCCGCGGUUUGGAAAAGACUUCAAAAUGUUCAACAAAAUUUUUCCAUCCUUGGAAUUAAAUAUAACAGACUUACUUGAAGAUACUCCCAGGCAGUGCCGUAUAUGUGGAGGGCUUGCUAUGUAUGAGUGCAGAGAAUGUUAUGAAGAUACUGAUAUUUCUGCUGGGAAAAUCAAGCAGUUCUGCAAAACCUGCAAUACACAAGUUCAUCUUCAUCCCAAGAGACAGAGUCAUAAAUUCAAUCCAUUGUCACUACCUAAAGAUCUGCCAGACUGGGAUUGGCGACAUGGCUGCAUCCCGUACCAGAAGAUGGAGUUGUUUGCUGUUCUCUGCAUAGAAACAAGCCACUAUGUAGCUUUUGUUAAAUACGGGAGGGAUGACUCCGCCUGGCUUUUCUUUGACAGCAUGGCAGAUAGGGAUGGUGGUCAGAAUGGCUUUAACAUUCCACAAGUUACCCCAUGUCCAGAAGUUGGCGAAUACCUGAAGAUGUCUCUAGAAGAAUUACACUCGCUGGAUUCCAGAAAAAUUCAAGGUUGUGCACGAAGACUACUUUGUGAUGCGUACAUGUGCAUGUAUCAAAGUCCAACGAUGAGUUUGUACAAAUGAACAGUGUCCUCUGGAAAACUGAAGAAACAGUAUAGAGUUAUCUACUGUUGCAUUUGCUGCAUUUUUUGGUUCGUUUUAAUGCAACCGUUGCUGGCAAUGGAUGCGACAACAAGAAAGCAGUUGACUCUGAGAGCAAAAGGUUUACUGUUCCAACAACUACUUGUGGAGUUCUGUAAUUGAAGUAUUUAAGCAUUUUGCACUCUGGGAAGUGUGCUUGUGUGUGUUUGUUUUAUAAACAAAGUCUAAGUGAAGUUACUAAAACUUAAAGCUUUAAGUGUGUUGAUUAUACACAGGCUUUUCUGAAAUGUUAGAGGUGGAAUUAUAUCAGGAGAAACCUCCUUAGUCCAUUGAGAAGGUAAGGAUACACAGUGUUCUUGUGCAGUGCAUUUCUGUGGACCAAGGAUGAUGAUUCUCUUGUGUUUCUCUAACCUUCCACACCCACCACUUCUCCCCACCCUUGAUCUUUUUAGCAUCAUUGAUUACCUCUCCUGAAGAGAGGGUAACUUCAGUUUCAGUAAGAUAAAUUUUAGACUGUUCAUUGCAUAUUGAUUCUGUUCUGUUACCUGUCUACUACAUCCCUUUCAAUUCACACAUUUGCAUCUUCAGAAAUUAUCGUUCGUUUAAAGAUCUGAAUUC